AUGGUCCCUCGAGAAAUCCACCUCAGAAGGCGAAACUACGUAUCAAUGGACGAUGACCAGCCCGAAGCCCCAGCAGUCUUACACACAUCGCAUGAGUCUCGGAUGGUGGGGAUGCGAUACUACAACCUUUGUAGAGAGCUCAAGUCCAUUGCUAGCCGCCGUUGGUUGGAUCAAACUGAGGAUCAUGUCAACCAUCGCCGCAGAAAUAUGGUAUGGAUCAACUUCAAUGUUGACCGAUUUAUCUACAACCCAGGAAUGCUUUCGGUCAUGUCCAUUGAUGGAGAUGGGGAAGCUUAUGGAGAGAAAAACUUCAAUUUUGAGGGCGCCGUCGUGAAGAGAAUCUGUAACUUGGUCACCGAUAUUGAUGGCAGAGAUAAUUUCAUCGCAAGUGAGAUGCUUAGAAAUUUGGGAAGAGUGUUUGGCCGGGGGAGCAUAAAAGUACUCGUAGUUCUUCAGAGGCAAUGGCUCUACCAAGAAAUCAGAGUACCAGUGUUGACGGAAUAUCGAAAGCACCUUGUGGAAAGAAGGUGUGCAGCGAUUCUUGAGAAAACAAAGCUAGCUUCUGGAUGGGAUGUUGCUUUGCAGAUUGAGAAGGAGCUUGGGAACUAGGUACACAUUUAUUGGCAGAUAUUUGGAAAUGGCGUGAGGAGUGUACAAUAGCAUGCUGCUACGG